AUGCAUUCUUUCAGAGUGCCCUCAGUCACAGUGAUUGAGAUCACGAUCACGGGUGAACAAACUAACCUGUGUACCCCAACAGUUGCACUUCUUUCACUCUUGGUUACUCCCAAUGCUGUGGAAGUCCUCAGGAAUUUUUGUGCUUCCUUUCUAGAGUCACUUUGCACGAGGAAUGAUUCCAGGUGCCUGUCAAACUCUUGCCAAAAGAACUCUACAUGCGUUGCUGGUCGUAAAGAUGAUACUUGCCGCUGUGCAGAUGCAUCAGUGGACAGUGUGGAGGAACUCUGCAAUAAAACCCCUGAUCCUUGCUCCUCAAACCCUUGUCUUCAAAACGCUACCUGUUUAAGCUCUGCUGGAAACCUCAGCUUUACUUGCAAGUGCCCUGCUGGGUAUAAUGGACCUACCUGUGAAACAGCUAUCAGCGUGUGUGACACAAACCCUUGUGAGCAUGGAGGCACCUGCCAAAAUGGCCUGGCUGGGCCCACCUGCCUUUGUAGCGCAGGAUACACAGGCACACUCUGUGAAAUGGAUUUUGAUGAAUGCAUUUCCGAACCGUGCCACAAUGGAGCAGUAUGCAGGGAUGGGGUUGGUGAAUACUCCUGCUACUGCGUCCCAGGCUACCAAGGCAAGCACUGUGACCUGGAAGUGAAUGAAUGUGUGUCAGAUCCAUGCCUGAAUGGGGCAACGUGUCUCAACCAGAUCGGACAGUAUGACUGCAUCUGUCCACUUGGGUACAUAGGUAUAAACUGUGAACUGGAAAUAAAUGAGUGCUCGUCACAGCCGUGCCUGAAUGGUGCGACCUGCCAUGAUUCCCUGGGGAGCUUCACCUGCUCCUGCACACCAGGCUUCCUUGGUGACUUCUGUGAAACCAACAUCGACGAGUGUGUCAGCCAGCCAUGCCUCAAUGGGGGACAGUGCAUGGACGAUGCCAACAGGUACAGCUGCAACUGUACUGGUACUGGAUUUAUGGGCCUACACUGUGAGACCUUAACUCCCUUAUGCUGGUCACAACCAUGCUACAAUAAUGGCACUUGCGAGGACAAUGCUGACAAUUACACAUGCCACUGUUGGCCAGGCUACGCGGGUUCCCGCUGCGAGGAGGACAUCGGGGAGUGCAGCAGCAGCCCCUGCCUCCCCGGGGGUGACUGCGUGGAACGCUCCUGGGCCGGCCGCUACGGCAGCGUCCCAGGCCUGCCGCCGGCCUUCCGCUACGACGAGGCCGAGGGCUACAUCUGCAGCUGUAAGCCAGGCUUUGCCGGUACUCACUGUGAUGAAGAUAUCAACGAAUGUUACACUAACCCUUGCCAAAAUGGUGGAAUCUGUGAGAAUUUUCCUGGGAAUUACACUUGCCAUUGCCCACCUGCAGACAAAGAAGGGAUUUAUUACGGUGGCUCUAACUGUACAGAAGUUCUCCAUGGCUGUACUGAUCAGCAAUGCCAAAACAAUGGAAUAUGUAUCCCACACUUAAAAAAUGGCCAACACGGAUUCAGCUGUGUAUGUUCACCUGGGUAUACUGGAAUACACUGUGAAACCAUAACCACAUUUUCCUUUCAAGGAAAGAGUUUCCUUUUGUUGAAGAAUCCCCUGACCCCUAAAAAGGAAUUUUUCUAUAAUAUAAACCUGAGGUUUCAAACUGUGCAGCCUACAGCUUUUCUGUUUUACCGAGGAGAGAAAAAUACAUUUGUGAAGCUGGAGCUACUGAAUGGCUACUUACACUUAUCUGUGCAAGUCAAUAACCAGCCACAGGCUCUUUUGCAUAUUCCACAUAAUGUCAGUGAUGGAGAAUGGCAUUCAGUGGAGGUAACCUUGGCAAGAGCUGUUACUCUUAAUUUGCUUGACAGCUCUUGUGUAGAAUCAUGUCUCAAUAAAACGUCUGCUAUGAUAGAUAACGAUCACGUGAUGCUUGCAUUUCAGAGCACGUUUUUGGGCGGCUUACCAGUGGGGAACAUUAGCAGCAACUCUCUACUUAACAUCUAUAAUAUACAUUCCGCACCUUCAUUUGUAGGCUGUCUCCAGGACAUUGAAAUAGACUUGAAUGUUAUUACUCCAGAGAAUGUAUUACCUGAAUCAUCUUUAAAUGUCAGGACAGGAUGUGCUAAAAAGGACUGGUGUGAAAGCCACCCUUGUCAGAACAGGGGACACUGCACUAACUUGUGGCUGAGCUACCACUGUGAUUGCUACCGGCCGUACGCAGGGCCAAGCUGCGCAACAGAGUACAUUCCAGGCCGAUUUGGAUCUGAGGACUCCUCAGGCUAUGCUGCUUUUUCUGUUGAUGCCACUCAGAAUGAAAAUUUGAACAUAUCAAUGUUUGCCCGAACACGCAAAUCUUCUGGCUUGUUACUGGCAUUGAGAAACAGUACUUACCUCUACGUAAGAGUCUACUUGGAAGGUGGGAAACUCACAAUGUUAGCUCCAAAUUCCAUGAAGUUAUUAGGGAAACACUCCAUGAACGAUGGAAAUUUUUACUUAAUAACAUUAAAAAUAGAACCAAAUAAGAUGGAACUGUUCCAGUCCUCUCAAUACCUAGGCUUUAUUUCUACUCCAGUACUAACCAUCCAAAGUAAGAAUAUUCUUUACAUUGGAGGCCUACCAGAUAACAAAGAAACUGAUAGAAAUGGCAGGUAUUUCAAAGGCUGCAUCCAAGAUGUAAGAGUGAAUAACCAGCUGUUGGAAUUCUUCCCCAUCACCAAUCCACUGAAUUCUAUCAACCUAAGUCUGAUCAAUGUCACCCAAGGCUGCACUGGUGACAACCUCUGCAAGUCCAACCCUUGCCACAACGGUGGUGUGUGCUAUUCAAUCUGGGAUGACUUCACUUGCACGUGCCCCCCCAACACAGCAGGGAAGGCAUGCGAGGAAGUUAAGUGGUGUGAGCUUGGGCCCUGUCCUCAUGAAGCACAGUGCCAGCUGGUGCACCAAGGAUUUGAAUGUCUUGCUAAUGCAGUGUUUAGUGGCCGAAGCAGUGCGAUAUUUUACAGAAGCAAUGGAAAAAUCAGCAGAGACCUCACCAAUAUCGUAUUUGGCUUUCGAACUAGGGACACUGACGUGAUACUGCUGUAUGCAGAGAAGGAGCCAGAGUUUGUUAUCAUCAGUAUUCACAACUCCAAAUUACUCUUUCAAUUGCAAAGCGGCAACAGCUUUUAUAAGCUGACCCUUGCUAGUUCACUCGCUGUGAGUGAUGGGAAAUGGCAUCAAGUAAUGGUGUCUAUGGUAGAGCCCCUGUCCCAGUUCUCUAGAUGGCACAUUGAUAUAGAUAACAAGAAAGACACUGCAACUAGUACAACUGCUGCAGGAAGCCUCAACUUUUUAAGAGAAGAGACAGACAUCUAUGUGGCUGACAAGGCUUUUGACAGUCUGGAUGGCUUGCGAGGAUGUAUGAGCACCAUAGAAAUCAGUGGCAUUUAUCUCUCAUACUUUGAAAAUGCUGACACCCCUACUAAAAAACCUCAAAAGGAGCAGUUUCUCAAAAUAUCUGCAAACCCUGCUCUUACCGGCUGUUUGCAGGUAGAUGUCUGCAGCUCAGAUCCCUGUAUGCAUGAAGGGAUAUGUGAAGACUUCUAUACUUCCUACCAUUGCAUAUGUUCCGAAGGAUGGACUGGCACCCACUGCGAAGUCAACAUUGACGAAUGCUCUUCAAACCCCUGUAUUCAUGGAAACUGCACUGACGGGAUCACCGCUUAUGGGUGCAGUUGUGAACCUGGUUACACAGGGGUGAAUUGUGAAGAGGAUGUAGACAACUGCCGUGGCCACCAGUGUGCAAAUGGGGCCACUUGCGUUGAUGGGAUUAACGGAUAUUCUUGCCUGUGUGCUGGCAACUUCACUGGAAAAUUUUGCAGAUACAGAAGAUUACCAUAUACAGUUUGUGGGAAUGAAGAGAGAAACCUCACUUGUUUCAACUAUGGCAACUGCACUGAUCUCAGUGGCGAGCUGACAUGCAGGUGCCUGCCUGGAUUUGCUGGAGAACGGUGUGAAAAGGACAUUGAUGAGUGCAGCUCUGACCCGUGUCUGAAUGGGGGCCUCUGCCAGAACCUACUAAACAAGUUCCACUGCCUCUGCGACGUGAACUAUGCCGGAGACCGCUGUGAGAUAGAUUUGACAACUGACUUGAUCUCGAACAUAUUCACCUCCAUUGGCUCAGUAACGCUGGCCUUGUUAUUGAUCCUCUUCUUGGCAGUUGUGGUUUCAGUCAUUGCUGCCAAUAAACGGGCAACUCAAGGGACCUACAGCCCCAGCCGGCAGGAGAAGGAGGGAUCCCGGGUAGAGAUGUGGAACAUGGUGCAGCCACCACCAAUGGAAAGACUGAUUUAG